GAAGGGUAUACUAAAUUCUAUGAGGAGCUUACUCUUACAUCAUAUUGAUCUCACUCAUUCUUCAACAUGUGACAACUCUUUUGUUGCUCUCUCUCUCUGACAACAAAGAUAAGAGUGCUCACUUCUCAGUAUUCUCUCACACACUAAAACAGAAUCAUAAGAACCUUUAACUGUGCUUGCUUUAUGUGCCACCACAUAGAGUUCUUCUAAUGCUCCUUUUCCCCCUUAAAUCUUCACUAGCAUUAAUUGGAGAUUGAGUUGACCAAACUUCCAAUUUUCAGAAAGAAAAAAAAAAGCAAGAUUUAAUGAGAAUCCAUCAAAAAAAGUUUAUUUCUUUCCUCUUUCAAACAUGUCUUGUUUUGCUCUUAUUUCCCACUGUUAGUUCUUCACAACCUCACCACAAAAUUAAAGAUAACAACCACAUUAAGAUGAGUCCAAGACUUGAAUUUGAAAUUACAUUACAUGGAUUUCUUCUUUGGGCUUCAAUGGGAUUCUUAAUGCCUCUUGGUAUACUUGCUAUUAGACUAUCAAAUAGAGAAGAAAAUCCAAGGUGGCUUAGAAUUUUAUUCUAUGUUCAUACAAUUUUCCAGAUGAUUGCUGUACUUCUUGCAACCGCAGGAGCAAUUAUGUCUAUAAAAAAUUUCAACAACCUCUUCAACAAUAAUCAUCAAAGAUUAGGGGUUGCACUUUAUGGUAUUAUAUGGCUACAAGUAUUUUUUGGUAUCUUUAGACCCAAAAGGGGAUCUAAAAGAAGAAGUGUUUGGUUUUUUUCACAUUGGAUACUUGGAACUGCAGUCACAUUCUUGGGUGUUUUGAAUGUUUAUAUUGGUUUAGCAGCUUACCAUGAAAAAACAUCAAAAGGCAUAACAACUUGGAAUUUACUUUUCACCAUUCAGAUAUCAUUGAUUGUGUUUUUCUACCUUUUUCAAGAAAAAUGGUUCUACAUUCAAAAACAAAGAGUGGUUUUGAGCAACGAAGAAAUUGUUCCAAAGGAGAUGGUAUUGUAGAUUUGAACUUGUUAAGACACAUGAAUCAAUGUUUUGCUAUAGUUGAUCCAAAUUUCUACAUGGUAUAUAGAAGUGUUUUGAAACAUUCUAAGGAGUAUUAGUGGAUGCGAAUUUUUCAUUCAAGUGAGAUCAGAAAUAACUUCUUUAGGAAAGGUGAAGUCAUUCAAAGAUUGGAAGUUAAAUUAUUGGUGACUUGAAUGUCUUUUUUCUAGUUAAGAUGGAAAUUCAAGAUAAAUAUUUUUUUGAUUGUCA